AUGGCGUUCCUCCUCCUGGUGGACCUCCUCCUCUCCCACCACCCUAUCAAAGGGGCGGAGGGGUCUGCUGGUGGUGGAGCUGGGGUCAUCAGGACUGGGAGGGGGAGGAAGGUUCGAGCGAGGUUUGGUGAGGGUAAAUUCGUUGAGGAAAACAAAGGAGACGUAGAGAAGGGGAAAGGGAAGGAGGAUGCGGAAGGGAGGGAGAUGGCGGUUGAGCGGAGAGAGAGGGAGGUGGAGGAGAAGGAAGAGAAUGUUGAGGAAGAAUGGGAAUGCAUUCUGCUCAAAUUGGUGGUCUCGACGCGUCCACUUCGUCGAAGUCAUGGCCCAUCACUAUCACUCUUCUUCAGUCCGUCGUCUUUCAAGUUUCCUGUGUUGGGCGACAAUAUGUCCUCGUUCCCCCUUGAGCCCAACCCUCCCUCCUCCUGUAACCCAAGUUCUUCUUCCUCCUCCCCUCUAAUCCCAGUUCUUCCACCACCAUCACCCCUCAAAGAAGACCCCGACGCGAAUGGGAAGCCCGACGCGAUCUGUACCUAUCAACAGGUGGACGGGGGAGUUACCUCGUACUCGUGGGUAUUGGCGUGUGCGCUAUUGUGUUGA